AUGCCGCCAACGGGUUCAGCAACGUCGGUGAAAAAGGCUCCAUCCCUGAGGGCGCUACAUACGAAACUUAAGGGACUGCAAACAUCGUUGAACAACAUCGUCAAGUUCGUUCAAUGCUGUGAUGAAAAUACGACUGCCAGCCAGGUAUCAGUUCGUCUUGAACGGUUAGAUGAACUAUGGGAGAAAAUCGGGGAAACGAUAUAUGAAAUCGAAUCCCAUGAUGACUUCGAAGCAGGUGAAGAGGCUUUUUCCAAGGAACGCGUGAACUUCGAAGAUCGCUACUACGAUGUAAAAUCUGCCCUGAUGGAUAAGGCAAGGGAGUUGCAAGAUGCUCCCGUCUUGGAGCAGUCGGUUAGGCAAACCGACACGAAUCAGCAUGCAUCCAUGGAUCACGUUCGGCUCCCGCAAAUACAGCUGCAGACUUUUGAUGGUAACAUCGAUGAAUGGCUCAGCUUCCGGGAUCUGUUCACAUCAUUGAUUCACUGGAAGACUGAAUUACCAGAGGUUGAGAAAUUUCAUUAUCUCAAGGGGUGCCUCGAAGGAGAAGCUAAGGCGUUAAUCGAUCCCUUGAAGAUAACAAAAGGCAAUUACCAAAUUGCCUGGGAUUUGUUGGUCAAACGCUACAACAAUAGCAAGCUUCUAAAAAAACGGCAGGUGCAAGCACUGUUUAAACUACCUGUAUUGGCUAAGGAAUCGUCGACCGAGCUACACAAAUUACUGGAAGGUUUCGACAGGAUAAUUCAAACGCUGGAUCAGGUAGUGCAGCCAGUAGAUUAUAAGGACCUUCUGUUGGUUGAUGUCCUCAGCUCUAGAUUAGAUCCAUAUACAAGACGAGGAUGGGAGGAGUUUUCUUCUGACAAGGACCAAGACACGUUAAGGGAUCUAACAGAAUUUCUUCAGCGGAGAAUUCGGAUUUUAGAAUCACUCCCGGCAAAGCCAUCGGAAGGUCGAUCAGACUUCGUAAUGGCACAGAGGAAAAAACCUUUUGCGGUCCGCACCAGCCAUAGUGCCUCACAAUCAUCAGCCGGGAAAUGCAUUGCUUGCUCGGAUAGCCAUUGGUUGCACGUAUGUCCAUCGUUCCAACGAAUGUCAGUUGCUAGCAAGGAGUCCUUCCUACGCUCACACUCUCUUUGUCGGAAUUGCUUCAGGAAGGGCCACCAGGCAAAGGAUUGCUCUUCAAGGUUUUCUUGUAGAAGAUGCAAAGGUCGACACCAUACGAUGGUUUGUUUUAAACCGGAUGGCGAGAACGGUAACAAGGCUUCUUCGGUAGAAGGGAAAUCCUCUACAAGUACACAAGAUGGAAAGGUUGCAAAUGUAGUUGCUACAGAUGUAGUAACAUCUAACAUGGCACAUCAACGUGCCUCUAAGCUUCUCCUCGCAACAGCUGUAGUUCUCGUCGAAGAUGAUGAUGGGAAACGUCACCCGGCACGUGCCCUACUGGAUUCAGGAUCAGAAUGUAACUUUGUUUCUGAAAGGUUGUGCAAGCUCAUGAAUAUCUCUAAGGAUGGGGUUGAUAUUUCUGUGGUUGGAAUCGGGCAGGCGUCUACGAGAGUACGACAUCAGAUCCAUACCACAAUACGAUCGCGAAGCUCAUCGUUCGCUUGUAGCAUGACAUUGCUGGUGUUACCGAGGGUUACGGCCAACCUACCAACUACAACGGUUUCAACAAGGGGAUGGGAUAUCCCCGAAGGAAUCAUACUAGCAGAUCCAGCAUUUCAUCAAACGAAUAGUGUAGACCUCAUAUUCGGAAUUCAAUCUUUCUUCGGCUUUUUCCGGACAGGCAAGGCUAUUCCAUUAGGUGAUGGGUUACCUUUGCUUACCGAAUCGGUUUUCGGUUGGGUUGUUUCCGGAGAAGUAUCAUCUCCUACUCAAUCGUCGCAAAUUUCUUGCAACAUGGUGGUAUCGGACAACUUGGAGGAGUUGAUGGAGCGGUUUUGGUCCUGCGAGGAAGUGGGAGACAGCUGUAAUUACUCCCCGGAAGAAGCGCGCUGCGAGGAGCAGUUUGGGCGCACAGUUCAACGAGGAUUGGAUGGCCGAUACACAGUUACCCUUCCGAAAAAUGGUGAAUUCAUAUCGAAAUUGGGGGAUUCUAAGGAUAUCGCAUUGCGACGUUUCCAGGGUUUGGAAAGAAGACUGGGCAGAGAUCAAGAUCUACGCAAGCAAUAUAAAGCAUUCAUGGCCGAGUAUUUGGAAUUAGGUCAUAUGCGGAAGGUGGCUGACGAUACGUGCGUUAAACGAUACUUUUUACCACAUCAUCCGGUUGUAAAGGAGGCCAGCACAACCACUAAGGUCAGAGUGGUGUUUGACGCUUCAUGUAAGACCUCUACAGGGAUUUCCGUAAAUGAUGCUCUUUUGGCAGGGCCAGUUAUUCAACAAGAUCUUCGGUCAAUCAUGUUGCGCUGCAGAACAAGACAAGUAAUGAUCGUUGCGGACGUGGAGAAAAUGUUCCGGCAGGUUAAAAUGGCCCAAAAUGAUACGACUUUUCAAAGUAUACUAUGGCGGUUUGAUAUGGAGGCAGAAGUAGAGACAUAUGAGCUAACCACCGUGACUUACGGUACGAAACCUGCGCCAUUCCUAGCAACGAGGACCUUAAAACAGCUAGCUCUGGAUGAAGGAAGCAGUUUUCCGCUUGCAGCGAAGGCGAUGGAAGAAGAUGUCUAUAUGGACGACGUGAUUACUGGAACCGAUGACGUCAAUGUAGCCAUAGAAUUGAGGAAGCAAUUGGAUGCUAUAAUGGCCAGCGGCGGAUUCAGAUUGAGGAAAUGGGCCUCAAAUAAUCAAACCGUACUGGACGGUAUUCCUCAAGCUGACUUAGCACUCCCGAUGGUGGAUGGUAUUAGUUGGGAUCAAGACCAAAUGGUAAAGACUUUGGGUCUGACUUGGUUACCAAACAUGGAUACGUUGAGAUUCAACUUCGACAUUCCGGCGCUACUCCCAGAUCAAUUGCUAACAAAGCGAAAGAUUCUUGCAAUUAUAGCAUCGCUCUUUGACCCGUUAGGACUUAUCGGAGCGACCGUCACGAUAGCAAAGAUAUUUAUGCAGCGGUUAUGGAGUAUGCGAGAUGCUCAGGGUAACGCACUGAAUUGGGAUUCCCCGAUACCCGAAACGGUGGGUGAGGAAUGGCGGAAGUUUCAUCAGCAGCUGCCGUCAUUGAACAAUCUGCGCAUAAAACGAUGUGUUAUCGCACCAAGAGCUGUGUCGACUCAAAUACAUUGCUUCUGUGACGCAUCGGAAAGAGCUUACGGGGCAUGUGUGUACCUAAGAACCUUUAGGGACAACGGAGAGAUUACGGUUAGGCUUCUAACGUCCAAAUCAAAGGUGGCACCUUUGAAGACACAGUCACUGCCACGGUUGGAGCUUUGCGGUGCAUUACUUGCAGCACAGCUUUGGGAAUGGGUUUCAAACUCCAUUGAAUUAACGCACGAGGUACAUUUUUGGACGGAUUCAACAUGUGUGCUUCAAUGGAUUAAGGCUCCAUCCAAUACAUGGACGACGUUUGUGGCGAACCGAGUCUCGAAAAUUCAGACUCUGACAGAGAAUUAUAUAUGGCGUCACGUACCAGGGGUCAGCAACCCAGCGGACCUAAUUUCGCGCGGAGUCCCGCCAGAUCAAAUUCAUGGGAGCAGCAUGUGGUGGGAAGGGUCAAGUUGGUUAAAGGAAUCAGCAGAUCGAUGGCCUCGGUCACUGGACACUGUCAUGGAUGAAGUUCCAGAACGACGUCCAAAUGCAGUUGCAUGUGUGUCAACUGAAAAAUCGAACUUCAUGAACAAAUAUCUUUCUAAUUUCUCAUCUUAUACAAAUCUGCUCAGAACAACUGCUUAUUGGUUGCGGUUGAUUCGAAUAUUGCGAAAAACGGAAGGAGAGGAGACACGGAGUUUCCUAACUAGCACAGAACUAAGGGAAGCAGAAUUUGUUAUUGUGAGACAGGUUCAACAAGAUAUGUUUUCGGAGGAGCUGAAAGGGCUAACCAGCGGUAAGGGUGUUCCUCGCAAUUCGCCGUUAAGGUGGUACAAACCAAUUAUUUCGGAAAAUGGUGUAUUACGUGUAGGAGGAAGAUUGGGUCAUUCACAGCAACCGAACGAUGUGAAGCACCCAAUGGUUUUGUCGGCCAGACACACGCUGACGGAGAUGAUACUAAGGCAUUAUCACCAACAAUUAUUGCAUGCCGGACCCCAGCUACUACUGAGCACGAUCAGGUUACGUUUCUGGCCGCUGGGUGGCCGCAAUUUAUCUAGGAAGGUUGUCCAUCAGUGUCAUCGUUGUUUCCGAGCCAAGCCCACAUUAUUGAAACAGCAAAUGGGGGAACUUCCAGCUCCCAGGGUAACAAUAUCCAGACCGUUCUCCCGAUGUGGAGUGGAUUAUUUUGGGCCAGUAUACACUCGAGCAGGGCGGCAUCUGUCGGCUACCAAAUCAUACGUGGCCAUCUUCGUGUGCAUGUGUACGAAGGCAGUGCAUAUGGAGCAUGUCACAGACUUAUCCACAGAACGUUUCCUACAAGCUUUACGAAGAUUUUUUGCCAGGCGAGGGCGGUCAUCGGAUAUGUACUCCGAUAACGGUACAAAUUUUGUCGGAGCUAAAAAUCAAUUGCGGGAACUCUUCACACUGUUAAAAGACUCCAGUCACCAACAAGCAGUUACGAAAGAAUGUGCAACUAAUGGCAUUCAAUGGCACUUCAAUCCGCCGGCUGCCCCACAUUUCGGUGGUUUGUGGGAAGCUGCAGUGCGUUCAGCGAAAUAUCACUUGUUGCGAGUGCUUGGUGGAAAUCCGGUAUCUGCAGAAGAUUUUAUCACCUUGUUGGCACAGGUAGAGGCAUGCCUGAAUUCGAGGCCAUUGACACCAAUGUCAGAUGACCCAACAGACUUGGAACCACUCACUCCAGCUCACUUCCUGAUCGGUGGAUCAUUACAAGCUAUUCCAGAACCCGAUUAUGGGUGUGUGCAGUUGAAUCGGCUUACUCGAUGGCAGCUUGUCCAACGUCAGUUACAGGAUUUCUGGAGGCGCUGGAAAAUGGAAUACUUAUCGGAGCUUCAGAGUAGAACCAAAAAUUGGGGACCAUCCGUAAAGAUUGAUGUUGACAGAUUGGUGGUAAUUGUUGAUGCAAAUCAGCCACCAAUGCGAUGGAAACUAGGACGAAUCGACGAGCUACAUCCAGGACAAGACGGUGUGGUACGAGUUGUCACUGUCAAAACGGCAACUGGACGUCUCACUCGGCCAGUAGAAAAACUUUGUCUUUUGCCAAGGAUCGAAGAAAGGAUGGAAGAUACACCUCAAGCAGUCAUCACUCCAGCGUGA